AUGUUCCGCGCUUGCCGGUGUUGUAUGCAGAAAGUGCCAGACACAGUGUCGGACGAGAAGGUCGGCACCGGCAUGCUUGCCGCGACGUCGUUCGGGUGGGUGGCCAAGCAGGUUGACCUGCUGACGGGCGAGAAGGGUCGUGGUGCGGUGAGCAUCGAGAACAUGAAGACAAAGGGGCUGCGGUCGUUGCGAGACAGCAUGGUGGAGUACAUCUGCAAGCGCAUCGCCGAAAAUCGCUCUGCGGCGCCGACAUCACAACCCGCCGACAGUGUGAUUGAUGACGACGGCGCGGAAAGACAGACGGCGCCCCAAGCAGCAGUUGCCGCCCAGCAUCAGGGGAACGCGGAAGGAGGAAACGGUGGAGGUGGAGGCAACGCGACGACAGGUGCAGGAAGGAAGGAAGAGGAGUCGGAGACGGAUUCGGAGUCGGAGUCGGAGUCUGAGGAGGAGGCGGAGGAGGAGGACGAGGCGGUGAAGCGGAAGGACGUGAAGGAGGACGGGGAUGAGGAGGAGGAAGGGAAGGAUGAGGAGGGGGAAGGGAAGGAUGGGGAGGGGGAAGGGAAGGAUGAGGAGGGGGAAGGGAAGGAUGGGGAGGGGGAAGGGAAGGAUGAGGAGGGGGAAGGGAAGGAUGGGGAGGGGGAAGGGAAGGAUGAGGAGGGGGUGGAGGAAGUGGUGGAGUACGAGCUGGAGUACGAAGAGGUGGGAGCUGCGGUAGAGGCGGUGGGGUCGGCGGAUGGGGGGGAGGAGAAGGAUGAGGUCGGCGUGGAGGCAAUGACAGAAAAGGGCCAGGAGGAGGCGGCAUGCGAAGGUGGGAAGGUGUCGGUCGACGCCGGCGAAGGGGCGAACACCACGGGCGUGCAGGAGACGGGGGAAGCUUCUGAACGGCAGGGUACUGAGCUGGACGACGUCGAGCAGGUGCGACGGGAGAACUGGCUGUUGAGGGCGGAGAAUGCUCGGCUGGCGACGUUGCUCGGUGCGGAACAGGCUCGGCUGGACAGUUUUUUUGUAGGGAUACGUGGACUCGUCGACCACGUGAAAGUGUUGGCCGAGCAGGUCGACGACACCGAGAAGUAUGCGGCGGAACAGCUGCGAAACGCGACUGCGGCCAUGUCGAAGACCAUCACGGGCGACAUCACCGGCAGCUUCGACGAAGCGUGGAAGGCGAUGAAGACCUUCGGGGAACAGGCGUCGGCGUGGUUGGAGGACUUCGACAACCCGGAGGGUCGUGUGGCAUAUGCACGCGCGACAGCGGUCAACGCCUUGGCCGAUCACGUGACUGGGGAGGUGGGCGAAGCGAAGCGGGGUUUGGAGCAGUACAUCACGACGCAACUAUCCGCCGCGCAGGUCAACAUCGCCACCGCUGUGACCGCCAGGCUCGCCGUGCCGCCGCCGCCACCGCCUCAUCCCACGCCGCCCGCCCUCUCGGAAGAGCUAUUGAAGUCGUUCAAGGCCGACAUCAUGAAGGCGGUGACGGAGGCCACCCAGCAAUCUUUCGUUGCUUCCGGGAUGAAGAGUUUGGCCGAGAUGGUCGGCACUGUGGCGCCUGGUCGACGUGGGUCGUCGCCGUCGGCCAAUGACGCCGAUCACGCGCAACGGAAGACGGCCGACAAGCAGGGCCUGAAGAGGACGGGAGACGGAGACGACAAGGAGAGCGCGAAGGGCGACGCGAAGCGGAGCAAGGGGUCGGACGGGAGCCGCGGCUCGAAGCCUGCGGCACGGAGCGUGGUCGACCAGCUGAAGGAAAAGGCGGGGUGGAGGGUGAUAAGGACGUCGAACAGCAAGGGAGGCGGAAGCGGGGGGGCAGAGGGUGGCCCUGCCGACGGGGUUGCCGCAAACGUCGCCGCUCAGCCAGGCCCGCCUUUGGUCGCCGAGCAGACCCAUCCUCAGGCGAGCGGUGGGAAAGUCGUGACCGACAAGGAGGUCCCAACCGCUCAGGCGGCGAAAGAUGGCGGCGCCGGAACCACCAAGGGACCGUCCGUCGCUGUGGCGGCCAAGGGCAACGCGAAGGCUGCUUCUGCUACGGUCGCCGGCACCACCAAGUGCCCUCCCCGUAACCCCCCUGCGGCUACCAGCGCGCAUGCCGGCCAGUCAGGAGGUGCGACCAAAGAUGGGGAGGCCCGUGCGGCCCCUCCAGCUCCAGGAGCCCCGGCUGCCGGCAAGGGCGGCGCGAAGGCUGCUUCGGCUAAGGGCGCUUCUCCGGCAUCAGCUAAGGGGCCCCCCGGUGCUGACGCGCUCAGGGAGAUGCUCCGCCGCAUGGAGGCACAUAGCAGGGACGUGCAGCAGCAUCCCGUGGUCGACGCCGGCCCUGCCGGAACAGCACGUCGCUCCGUCACUCCACAGGUUGCCGGCACAUCGUCCGGGGCCCCACCUGCAGCGCAUUCGGUCGCCGCCCAACCGCCAGCGGACCCCAAGUCAGCGUUUCUGCGCGCCCAUUUAGCCGGCCGCAAAGCGGCUGCUCCACCGGUGACUCAGCAGGAACCCGGCAAAAGCGCGACGACGACGUCGGUAAACGCGACCGCACCCUCACCAGGUGCAGCUGUGGUCGAUGCGGCGGCGGAGAGGGGAGUGAGUGCAGCGCUAGCCACCGGCGGCCGCGCCGACAAACUCGCUGCCGUCUUGGCCCAUUUUGAUGCUGCAAGACGCCCUGAGCACGCCCCUGCUCUGGCCAUCAUGGACACGGCGCAUGUGGAGCCGUCGGCCCACGGUGGGGGAUCGGCGGAGCCGACGGCUGCAGCGGGUGCUGUCGCCGAGAGAAUGGGGAAAGUCGACACCGGGAAAGGGAGGGCGGUCUCUCAGAGGAGCACGCGGGCGAUGUCGGCGGGGAAGGAGAUGUCGGAAGAGAAAGGGAAGAAGGCGGAAGAGAGUCAGGACAAGAAGGGCGGCAAGGGUAAGCCGGCGAAGAAGAAGGAGAAGGCGGAGGAGGAGGACGAGGAGGGCGGCGAGGGAGAUAAAGAGCAUGGACGCAGGGGUCAUGGCAUCCGCCAUGACAAGACCGGCGACCGGCAAGGGUGGGUGGGCGAGAUUAAGGUAAACGGACGGAAUCGAUACAUCGGCAAGUCGAGGGAGAAGAUGGAGCUGGCCUACGAGCACGCGAUUGCGUACGUCGUCUACGACGGCUACGUGAGCAAGGUGCUCAUGAAGGAGCUCACCGUCUUGAAGCCGGGGGAGUUGGAGAAAUGGAAGGAGGUGUGGGAGGAGGUCAAGUUCUUACCGACUGGGUUGUGGACGGUGAUGUGGGCCAGAGGCUUGUGCCAUCCGAGAGCAAGGUUCGACGACAUACUCGGCAGGUACCGUGGGUACGCGAGGUCGGGUGAUGCGCUUCAUGGGGUGCUCUGGCCGGCGAUCUGGUUCCCCAUCAUCGAAAACACGGAGGAAGGCAAGGAGGAGACGGAGGCUCUCAUGUCGGCGAUGGUAAAUCGCGUGUCGAUGUGCGCGGCGUAUGGGAAAGUCGCGGCGAGCGCGGCGUUUGGGAAGGUCGACGCGAGCGUAGAAGGGAAUGCGGGAGAGAAGACGGAGAUGGAAGGCGCGGAGGGGAAGGCGGACGAGAAGACGGAGAUGGGGGCCCAGGCCUUAGCGGCAUCUGCAUGCGCCCUCUGGUGCUUCGUGGAGACGGGGGCGUCGUUGCUCGGUGCUGUGGGCGAAGGGAAGGCGGCGGCGAUGGUGGCAGGUGCGGGGGAGGAGAGGGCCGAGGCAUUCAAGAAGGUGAUGCACGCGGUGAUCGACUUAGCACGCAGUAGGGAGGCUCCCGCGGGGGAGGUUGCACAUAACGUCGCGCCAACGCUGCAGCGCCAGGCAGUGGUCAGGGCCUUCGAGGAGGGAGUGGAGGAAGUCGAGGCCGACAUGAUCGCCAGAGCGACGGUCGAGACCUUGGCGUUCUGGGGAAUGUGCCCCUUCGCCGGGCCCAAGCUCAAAGAGUACGGCAUCGAUGUGCCGUGUGACGCGAAGAUGGAGUAUGAUAUGGAUCACAGGGGGAGGAAGGGGGAGAAGGUCAAGCAGGGCAAGGGCAGCAAGAAGAAGAAGGGCAAGGAGGGCAAGGGCAGUACGGAUGCGUAG